AUGCCAAAGCAAGCUAUCUGCAUUUCUCUGUUCGGUUUACUUUCCAAUUCCCUUGAUGAAUGGUCCGAUGCAAAGCUCGCCUUGAUGGAAGAAAUGUGUUCUGAGAAAAGUUACAUCGGUAAAGUUCUUGGAAUGCGCGAUAAUUUAUUGGAAAUGUCUUUAAUAGACACCGAAUCCAAUGUUUCAUUGCUCGACGAGUUGUGUUGUGCGAAUCUUAUUUUGAGGAAGACUCAAGUGGAUACUGUACAAGGUGAUUUGUUAACAAGCACAGAUGAAAAUAAAAACGUUGAGGAGCUUACUGCGAUUGAAACUGAAGUUCUCGACAAAGCACAAGUUGAUGAUGUUGAUUCAGGAGACAAGUCUACUAAACCAGUUACAGAUGAGCGUCCUCCGAUUGAAACAGAAGAACUUGACAAAGGAGAAAUUGAUAUUGCUGAAUCAGACGGCAAGUCGACAACUGAACCAGUUACAGAUGAGCGUCCUCCGAUUGUAACAGAAGAACCUGAUAAAGGAGAAGUUGAUUAUGUGGAAUCAGGAGACAAGCUAACUGAACCAGUCACGGAUGAGCGUCCUCCAAUUGAAACAGAAGAACUUGGCAAAGCAGAAGUCGAUGAUGUUGAAUCUAAUGAUGAGUUGACUGAACCAAUAACAGAUGAGCGUUCUCCAAUUGAAACAGAAGAACUUGACAAAGCAGAAGUUGAUGAUGUUGAAUCAGGAGACAAGUUAACUGAACCAGUUACAGAUGAGCGUCCUCCAAUUGAAACAGAAGAACUUGGCAAAGCAGAAGUUGAUGAUGUUGAAUCAGGAGACAAGUUAACUGAACCAGUUACGGAUGAGCGUCCACCAAUUGAAACAGAAGAGCUUGAUGCAGGAGAAGUUGAUGAUGUUGAAUCGAAUGACGAGUUGACUGAACCAAUAACAGAUGAGCGUCCUCCAAUUGAAACAGAAGAACUUGACAAAGCAGAAGUUGAUGAUGUUGAAUCAGGAGACAAGUUAACUGAACCAGCUACGGAUGAGCGUCCUCCAAUUAAAACAGAAGAACUUGAUGCAGGAGAAGUUGAUGAUGUUGAAUCAGGAGACAAGUUAACUGAACCAGCUACGGAUGAGCGUCUUCCAAUUGAAACAGAACAACUUGAUGCAGGAGAAGUUGAUGAUGUUGAUUCAGGAGACAAGUCUACUGAACCAGUUACAGAUGAGCGUCCUCCGAUUGUAACAGAAGAACUUGGCAAAGCAGAAGUUGAUGAUGUUGAAUCAGGAGACAAGUUAACUGUACCAGCUACGGAUGAGCGUCUUCCAAUUGAAACAGAAGAACUUGACAAAGCAGAAGUUGAUGAUGUUGAAUCUAAUGAUGAGUUGACUGAACCAAUAACAGACGAGCGUCCUCCAAUUGAAACAGAAGAACUUGACAAAGCAGAAGUUGAUGAUGUUGAUUCAGGAGACAAGUUAACUGAACCAGUUACAGAUGAGCGUCCUCCGAUUGUAACAGAAGAACUUGGCAAAGCAGACGUUGAUGAUGUUGAAUCUAAUGAUGAGUUGACUGAACCAAUAACAGACGAGCGUCCUCCAAUUGAAACAGAAGAACUUGUCAAAGCAGAAGUUGAUGAUGUUGAUUCAGGAGACAAGUCUACUGAACCAGUUACAGAUGAGCGUCCUCCGAUUGUAACAGAAGAACUUGACAAAGCAGAAGUUGAUGAUGUUGAAUCUAAUGAUGAGUUGAAUGAACCAAUAACAGACGAGCGUCCUCCAAUUGAAACAGAAGAACUUGACAAAGCAGAAGUUGAUGAUGUUGAAUCUAAUGAUGAGUUGACUGAACCAAUAACAGAUGAGCGUCCUCCAAUUGAAACAGAAGAACUUGACAAAGCAGAAGUUGAUGAUGUUGAAUCAGGAGACAAGUUAACUGAACCAGCUACGGAUGAGCGUUCUCCAAUUGAAACAGAAGAACUUGAUGCAGGAGAAGUUGAUGAUGUUGAAUCAGGAGACAAGUUAACUGAACCAGCUACGGAUGAGCGUUCUCCAAUUGAAACAGAAGAACUUGAUGCAGGAGAAGUUGAUGAUGUUGAAUCAGGAGACAAGUUAACUGAACCAGCUACGGAUGAGCGUCCUCCAAUUGAAACAGAAGAACUUGAUGCAGGAGAAGUUGAUGAUGUUGAAUCAGGAGACAAGUUAACUGAACCAGCUACGGAUGAGCGUCCUCCAAUUAAAACAGAAGAACUUGAUGCAGGAGAAGUUGAUGAUGUUGAAUCAGGAGACAAGUUAACUGAACCAGCUACGGAUGAGCGUCCUCCAAUUGAAACAGAAGAACUUGAUGCAGGAGAAGUUGAUGAUGUUGAAUCGAAUGACGACUUGACUGAACCAAUUACGGAUGAGCUUCCUCCAAUUGAAACAGAAGAACUUGAUGCAGGAGAAGUUGAUGAUGUUGGACCAAGAGAUAAGUUAACUGAACCAACAUCAGAUGAACGUGCAAAAAAACUGAAAUACACGAUGAACUUUCCAUAA